AUGGGUAUCAGGCGGCAGCUGAUCUUGCUACCAUUGCUGCUUCUGCUGGUGGGCCUGGGACAGCCCUGGUGGCCAGCUCCUGUGGUCCUGGCCCUGCGUUGGCUCCUGGGAGACACUGCAUGCUUCGUGUUGCUUGGCCUGGCGGUGCUGGCAUGGCCCUGGAUCAGUUCAUGGAUGCCCCACUGGCUGAGCCUGGGAGCUGCCGCCCUCACAUUCAUCCUGUUACCCUCACAGCCACCUCCAGGACUAAGGUGGCUACACAAAGACUUGGCCUUCUUCAUUAAGAUCAUCCACGUGGGCCUAAGCAUCAGAAAACGCUUGAGCCUGCAGCCUCCUGACACUUUUGUGGAUUCCUUUGAGCGACGAGCCCGAGCCCAACCCGACAAAGUGGCCUUGGUGUGCACGGGGCCCAAGCCCUGUUCAAUCACCUAUGGUGAACUGGACGCCCGGGCCUGUCAGGCAGCCUGGGUGCUGAAGGACAAACUGGGUGGUCCUGCAAGCCUAGAAACCAGAGUCUCCACUGCUCUCUUGAUUUUACCCUCCAAGGCCACUACUGCUCUGAGUUUGUUUCUGGGGCUGGCCAAGCUGGGCUGCCCGGUGGCCUGGAUCAACCCUCACGGCAGGGGAAUGCCCCUGGUUCAUUCUGUGCUGAGCUCUGGGGCCCAGGUGCUGGUUGUGGACACAGACCUCCGGGAGAGCCUGGAAGACGUCCUUCCCAAACUGCAAGCCGGGAACAUCCGCUGCUUUUACCUCGGACACACCUCCCCCACGCCCGGCGUGGAGGCUCUGGGGGCCGCCCUGGAUGCUGCGCGCUCUGACCCCGUGCCCGCCGACCUGCGCGCUCGGACCGGGAGGCGAAGCCCUGCCCUGUUCAUCUACACCUCGGGGACCACUGGGCUCCCGAAGGCAGCCAUCCUCACACAGGAGCGGGUGCUUCAGAUGUGCAAGAUGCUGGCCUUCCUUGAUGCCACAGCUGACGAUGUGAUCUACACCGUCCUUCCUCUGUACCACACCAUGGGGCUGGUUGUAGGGGUCCUUGGCUGCUUAGAGCUCGGAGCUACGUGUGUCCUGGCCCCCAAGUUCUCUGCCUCUCGCUUCUGGGAUGACUGUCGGGAGCACGGCGUGACAGUGAUCCAGUAUGUGGGCGAGGUUCUGAGGUACCUGUGCAGUGCUCCCCAGCGACCAGAAGAUCAGACACAUACAGUCCGCUUAGCCAUGGGCAAUGGACUCCGGGAAGAGGUGUGGGAAACCUUCCAGCAACGCUUUGGUCCCAUCAAGAUCUGGGAAUUCUACGGAGCUACAGAGGGCAACAUGGGCCUGGUCAACUACGCCGGGCGCCGCGGAGCUAUAGGCAAGAUGAGCUGCCUCCUUCGAAUGCUGUGUCCCUUCGAGCUUGUACAGUUUGACACAGAGAUGGCAGACCCCCUGAGGGACAAGCAGGGCCUCUGCAUUCCUGUAGGACCAGGGGAAGCAGGUCUUCUGUUGACCCAGGUACUAGGCCACCAACCCUACAUGGGCUACCGUGGCUCCCGGGAACAGUCACAAAGGAAGCUGGUGUCGAACGUGCGGCGCCCAGGUGACCUCUACUACAACACUGGGGACGUGAUGGCCAUGGACCGAGAAGGCUUCUUCUACUUCCGCGACCGCCUCGGGGACACGUUCAGGUGGAAGGGCGAGAACGUGUCCACGCGGGAGGUGGAAGGAGUGUUGUCUCUCGUGGACUUCCUACAGGAAGUGAAUGUCUACGGCGUGUCCGUGCCAGGGUGUGAGGGCAAGGUGGGCAUGGCUGCCGUGAAACUGGCUCCCGGGCAGACUUUUGAUGGACAGAAGCUAUACCAGCAUGUCUCUGCUUGGCUCCCUCUGUAUGCCACACCCCAUUUCAUUCGUGUCCAGGACUCCCUGGAAGUCACAAGCACGUUCAAACUGGUGAAAUCCCAACUGGUGCGUGAGGGCUUUGAUGUGGGAGUCAUUGCUGACCCACUGUUCAUACUGGACAACCAGGCUCGGACCUUCCAGAGUCUAACAGCAGACACAUACCGCGCUGUGUGUGAGGGAGCCAGGAAGCUCUGAUUACCUGGCCAGCCAAGAGGACGUCUGAAAGUGUGGCGACCAGCCACCCUCACUUGGUGUCACACCAUACCUCCUCGAAGUUGUCAUGAUCCCAGACCCAGUAGAUAACAUCGAGAAUAAAUUUGAAUGUGUGUGUAUAA